AUGAUGGAGGAGGAUAAGUAUAGUACCAAGUUGUAUGGUAUGGUAAGAGUGGUGCGGAUGGUGGGUAUCCGGUCCGGUUUCGGUAUCUUCAAUACCGGUUUGGGAGGUAUGCGGAUUCCUACCGAUUCUCAUGCAGUGUUCCUGUCCACAGCUGCCCCAGUCAAUGGAGUGACUUACUCCAUCUUGGACACGUCUCCAUGCUGGCUGGGAAGAUCCUCCCACGAGCAGGAUGCACAUCCAGACCGCCGGUCCAUGUAA